CAAAAAAAUAUUGCAGGCUGUAUGUGAUCAAUACAGGGAGGAGCUUGAGGCAGCACGUAGAGAAGAGUGGGAAGCUAGGACUGCACUUGGAGAUAAGAAGAAUGAUUUAAAUAAUGUACGUUCGGUCCUAGGGAAAUUGCACCAAGCAAAUUCAGUUGAAGAACUUGAUGAGCUGAUUGCGAAGAAAGAGAGGACUAUGCAACAUGAGACCAUUUCUUUGAAAGAAGAAAAGCUUUUUAAUUAAAGAGAUUAAUGAAUUAAAAGCCCAACGGAAGCAGCUAUCCACCACUAUGGGCUCAAAGGCAGAAAUCAAUGAGGCAUUUGACCAAAAAGAUCACAUUCAUGAAAGGCAUAAGGUGUUAAAGAAGGAUUCUGAUGUUUUAUUGACCAACCUGAAAUUCCUAGAGGAAAACACAAGAAAGAUUCAAAAGUCUUUCGAAGAUGAAAGAACAGCUCUCAGAAAAUUAUCAGAGGAACACCGAGCAGCUAAUGAAAUACGUCAAAAGGCCUACAUUGAAUGGACUGAGCUUAGAUCAGAGCCCUCCAAGAAGAAUGAAUACUUCUUCAGGUACAGGGAUGACCAGAAUGCAGCAGAAAUUUUCAAAGCUAAUGGUGAUAUAAAUGGACUUAAAUCACACUGUAAUAGUCAGCUCAAGGUCAUUGGUGAUGGUGGUGAUCCAAAUGGCCACUAUGACAAGGAUGAUCAUCAAUGA